UCGAUAAAACGGAUUUGUAACAUACAAAAAAAACUAUCACAGAAGAAGAAACAACCAACAGACAAAAUGGCUGUGGGACAAUCCUAAAGUUAGCUGCCUGGCUAAUGUAAACAUCCACCAACAGUAGACUGGAGCCUGAGCGACGAUAACGUUACCCGAUAGAUUUCUGACACUGCGAAUGAGUGUCAGUGUUUCUAACUUUGGUGAAGGAUGACGAGCCAGCGCCGUGGGAUCCAUCUGGACCAAUCAGAGCUGCUUUGCAAAAAAGGAUGUGGUUUUUAUGGCAACACUGGCUGGCAGGGCCUGUGCUCAAAGUGCUGGCGAGAGGAAAAUCAAAGAGAAAAGCAAAAACAGAUUCAGGAAGACUGGGCACUCGCGGAAAGACUGCAGAGAGAGGAAGAGGAAGCAUAUAGCAGACAUCAGAAGGCCCAAUCACAGCCUACCAUCACACCCUUCAGCAAGUUCGAAGAAAGAAAAACUAAGGAAAAGUCCAGCAAAGUCCAUACAGUUACAAAGUUUUUUACUCCUUCCACAAAAACACCACCAAAAAAAGACACUCCUUUUGACACUCACUCCAGCCCAAGUCCCAGCUCCUCUACAAGCCGGCACUCUUCUGUAGACAGUGACUAUGCAACGCGGGAGUUCAUUGAUUUUCUCAAGCCGCUGAAGUCCGGCAGGGAGAUCUUCAAACAGUGCCGGGCCUUCACUGAGAGCAUGGUCUAUAAGCGGGACAUGGGGGCUGAUGAGCUGUCAGAGUGUGUGCAGGACUUCUACCAGAACCUCUCAGACCGCCUCCACACCCAGUUCAAGGGUUCAUCAGAUCACGUGGAGAGUGUUAUGGAUGAAGUCGAGAAGUACAUGAUGACUCGUCUCUACAAGGAUGUCUUCUGUCCUGAGACCACAGACGAUGAGAGGAAAGACCUGGCCAUUCAGAAGAGAAUCAGAGCCUUGCAUUGGGUCACUAUUGAGAUGCUGUGCGUUCCUGUAGACGAGGAGAUUGCUGAGGUGUCGGACAGCGUAGUCAAAGCCAUCACGGAUGUGAUUGAAAUGGAUUCAAAGUGUGUGCCCAAGGAGAAGCUGGCAUGCAUCACCCGUUGCAGCAAGCACAUCUUCAACGCCAUCAAAAUCAGCAAGAAAGAGGCUGCGUCUGCAGAUGACUUCCUCCCCACGCUCAUCUACAUUGUGCUGAAAGCAAACCCACCGCGACUGCAGUCCAACAUCCAGUACAUCACCCGGUUCAGCAACCCCAGCAGACUGAUGACUGGAGAGGAUGGUUACUACUUCACUAAUCUGUGCUGUGCGGUGGCCUUCAUUGAGAAGCUGGACGGCCAGUCUCUGAACCUGAGCUCUGAGGAGUUUGACCUGUACAUGUCGGGCCAGGCAUCCCCCCACUGGCCACAGUCCACUGGAGCCUCUUCCUGCUCCCCAGGCAGCGCCGCUCUCAGUCAGGUCCACAAACGUCUGGAUGUGCUUACAGGGCUCGGGGAAAGGCAGGAGAGGGUCAUGGAGAAGGCUCGCCAGUUGGAGAGCGACCUCAUCGACUGGACAGACGAAGUGGAGCAGAAGGUGCAGAGCGUUCUGGAGAGCUUUCCAGCAGAGACACAAAACCCUACUGAAACCACGGCUAGCGGGACAGCUCCUGCAGCAUCAUCAGCCAUCGACUCUGAGAAUGUUGAGAAUGAGCACCUGCCCCCACCACUGCAACCGCAAGUGUUUGCUGGCUGACAUGCUCUGCUUCAAUGAAUAAAGAAUAGACCUCUGGAGACUUUACGUCAGCCUUUCCCUUUUCCCUGGUGUUAAAUGUUGCUGUCCGUACGCACAUACAAGAGCCGUCCGAUAAAGACCGUCUUUCCACUCCGGCCAUUUUUAUUCCAUUUAUCAAUCCAUAGUCCGAGAUGCCCUGAAAUUACACUGAACAGCAACAGAACUAUUACAUUAAAGGACUAGUCUGGCAGACAGUUUGAUGAGAAGAUCAAUGGCCUCUUUCAUGUCUGUACAGUAAAUAUGAUGCUUAGCUUAGAAUAAAGGCUUGAAACAAGCCUGGCUCUAUCAAAAGAUAUCAAAAAGCAAUGUCCCAGAGAGAGGGCCAGCGACCACUUUCCCAUUAAGCAUUUUGCCCCGGUUGCAAAAGUUCCGGUGCCGCAUUUGUGGGAAAGCCCUGAUGUUUUGCUUCUAUUUCAGUUUCAGGAAAAGCAGAUUUGUACUGGCAUCCUUGACUCAGUCAUGUCCUUUGGUGUUCCCAGGCUAGUUGGGAAAUAUCACCCCAGCGUUCUGUGAAUGGUGCUUUCUCUUUUCACAGAUUGGCAUCCAUGAGACACAUCUGUUGGUCACCCUUGUAGUUACAUUUAAGCAGACGGUAUAAAUUGUUGGAUGGGAUUUUUAAACAUGCUUCUGUUAUUAUUUGCGGCUUUUCAGAAUUUGUUUUUGUUAUUAUAUUGUGAUGCCCAUAGUUUAAUUGACCGGUGGAAGCUCAAAUGGACACACAAAACCUUACAGCCCAAGUAACCCCUUAUGGGGAAUUUCCAGUCAAAUAUGUGGCAAAGGAAAUGAAGAAAUCUUUGUAAUGCAAAUCUUAACUUCCCCUCAGUCAAAUAACCCUCCAGCUCAUGCUUGUACUUUGUGCUGUGUUUACUGUGUAUUUCCCUGUGUAACAGAGAAAUAGAGAGAUGUGUGACAGUUGUGCAUGCGGUAAAUGUGUGUGUGAGCGGGUGUUGCAUUGUCAUGUUCCGUUAACGUCUGUAAAUCAUGAAGUUGUGUGGAUGGAUAUUGUGGUCUUAUUUUCGUGGCAGACCUCACUCUCCAGCCGUAAGCUGGAUGUACAGAAGUGAUUUUAUUUUUCUAUAUAGUGGCAGGUAGCAAUUAUUUUGGAUGCCAAAGGAAAUAUUAACCCUGUAAUAUUUACAGUAGUACUGUGGUUUUAAAGAACAUUGUUUGAAGACGUGUUACAGGAUUUCUAAUGAUUGAAUAGUAUAAUCUUCAUCUAUUCAUUUAUAUUUUCUAGAGGGUGUCCUAUCAAAAGAAAAUCCGGUUUUAGGUGAUUUGUUUGGGGUUUUAUGCUCCGUUGGAGAUGUUGUAUUAAGUUGGUAAGAAAAAAGACGAUGCUGUAUUCUGUAACACAAUAAGUUCCUAAGGCCGGUUGCUUUACUAGUGCAGAAAAAUUCAUAUGACAAACCCAUUUUUACUUAUUUUGAAGCACUUUUCUGUUAGAUUUUUUUGAAUCUCUUAAUUUAGAAGUACAUUUAAUGAAGGACAUAGUGGCUGUAUGCAGUUAAAAGGAUAAUUGGUGAAAACAAUGUUGUUUAACAGUGUCUUUGUAUUUGGCAGUCAUGUACAGAGUGGUUGGGAGAGUUGUUUGUUUUCCUUUACUCAUGAUCUAAGAUUUCCUUGUGUUACUAGUAUUUAAUCCUUUUUAUUCCUGUUAGCAGCACGUAUAGUUAAUGUGCAGUUGCUGUCCAAAAUUAGUUUGAGAGCGGACUUUAAUGCAACCCUAAACGAUAGCUUGAAUAACUUAAUAUUGCACUGUAUGCACAAGCCAUUUAUCAGGUAUUUUACGGAUGUUUGUUAUUGUAUCACAUGGGAGAAAGUAACGCAAUACUGUCUUUUAUUUAAAUGUAACUUAUUGGGGCAGUAUUGGUUUAUUUGCCCCUAUGGGUGUGUGAUGAUGAUUAAUAAAACUUGAAAAUGCA